AUGAACAAUGACAACUUAGUUAUCAAGGCUGGAAUGGAGAACGUGAUUCAGAUGUUGCGGGAAAAUUAUAAUCAACCCGCUCCGAAAAACAAGCGACGAAAGACAACUUCAACUUUUUCAACGUGCCUGCUGCUGCCGCCGCUGCUGCCACUGUCACCGCUAUUGGCACCUAAUUCCUCGCAAGAACUUGGCAGCCUCGUUGUUGACGAACAAGGUGAAGAUGCAUCGGCGGAGCAUGGAACUGCUCAUGAAGCGUCUCAAGAUACAAGUAUGACGAAGCGGAAGCUGAAGCUGAGCGAUAAGCCGAAACGCAAAAAAGUCGAGAAAGCUCCAAAGGUGGCCCCGCUUUGUCUUGGAGAGAAUGUAUGUACCAUCAUGGAACUUAUGAAGGAACAUCAAAUUGUGAAAAGCGCCAAUUGGACAAAGUCAGAGGGAGAACGGAAGUACUUAUCGAGGCGCAAGCUCCUUUAUCAAUAUAUUGAAGACAAAGGUGAGAUGUUUGAUGAUGAAAAUACCUCCUUGAGUGUGGUGGAAAAGUAUCGUUUAUUUAAAGGUCAUAAGAUAAGAGGUUUGGGGGACUUGUUUGUAUCGUGGUCGGACAUGAAGGACGUUGUGGUUCGUCGCGGGCUGCCUAAAAAUUUGUUUUCUGAAGGUACCAAACAACGGAUUGAUGAGGAGUUGACUCAAUUCGUGAAUUCACCUGAUUUUCAUCAACCAGGCAAGACUGAGAAGAAGACACGGAAAAGAAAAACGACGCAGAACGAGAAAACGACUCAGAUAGAGGGAACGACGCUGCACUUCGUCAACUGGACCGGACCGGAAAUGGCUCCGUAG